AAAAGAAGAUUCUCUUUUAUCACCCAAAUGAAGUAGAAAAGAAUGAAAAAAUUAGAAAUGUGGGACUAUGUGAAGCUAUAGUACAAUUCACAAGGACCUUUAGUCCAACAAAACCUGCAAAAUCCCUACAUACACAGAAGAAUAGACAAUUUUUCCAUGAACCUGAAGAAAACUUCUGGAUGGUCAUGGUUGUACGGAAUCCCAUAAUAGAAAAACACAAAGAUGGAAAGCCAGUCUAUGAGUAUCAGGAAGAAGAAUUACUGGACAAGGUUUAUAGUUCGGUCCUACAGCAGUGCUACAGCAUGUACAAGCUUUUCAAUGGCACAUUCCUGAAAGCCAUGGAAGACGGAGGUGUAAAAGUUCUAAAGGAGAGACUAGAGAAAUUUUUCCAUCGGUACUUGCAGACCCUGCAUUUACAGUCUUGCGAUCUGCUGGAUGUGUUUUGUGGAAUCAGCUUCUUUCCACUGGAUAAAAUGACUUACUUGAAAAUUCAGUCAUUUGUUAAUAGGAUGGAAGAAAGCCUGAACAUAGUCAAGUAUACUGCAUUUCUCUACAAUGACCAGCUUAUCUGGAGUGGGUUGGAACAAGAUGACAUGAGAAUUCUGUACAAAUAUCUCACAACAUCUCUGUUUCCAAGGCACAUGGAGCCUGAGUUAGCGGGAAGAGAUUCUCCAAUACGUGCUGAAAUGCCAGGAAAUCUACAACACUAUGGAAGGUUUCUUACUGGACCUUUAAAUCUUAAUGAUCCAGAAGCAAAAUGCCGUUUCCCCAAAAUAUUUGUUAACACUGAUGACACUUACGAAGAGCUUCAUUUAAUUGUUUAUAAGGCCAUGAGUGCAGCUGUCUGCUUUAUGAUUGACGCUUCAAUUCCACCUACGCUGGAGUUUUGCCGUAAACUGGACAGCAUUGUUGGGCCUCAACUCACCGUGUUAGCAUCAGACAUAUGUGAACAAUACAACAUCAAUAAGAGAAUAUCGGGGGCUGAGAAGGAGCCUCAGUUUAAGUUUAUCUAUUUCAAUCACAUGAACCUGGCAGAGAAAAGUACCAUUCACAUGAGGAAAACACCCAGUGUAUCACUUGCAUCUGUUCACCCUGACCUCAUGAAGAUUCUCGGUGACAUCAACAGUGACUUCUCCAGAGUUGAUGAAGAUGAGGAAAUUAUUGUGAAGGCAAUGAGUGAUUACUGGGUAGUUGGGAAAAAGUCUGACCAGCGAGAACUGUAUGUUAUUUUGAAUCAAAAAAAUGCAAAUCUGAUUGAAGUUAAUGAAGAAGUGAAGAAACUUUGUGCAACACAGUUUAACAAUAUUUUCUUCUUGGAUUGAUCUGCUAAGGGCUGAUUUAUUGAAGAUGUCAAUGUCAGACACUUGUUCAACAUGAAAACUUAUUAGUCAUAUUAUUGACUGGAAUAAUGACAAUAGUAAAGCAAUACUUGCUUUGUAAGAAUCAAAAUUUCUACUAAAAUCUGUAAACUGACCAUAAAAUUUUUAGAUUUUAAAAAUGUUUAUGUGCAAACUAAUUAAAAACCAGUCUGAAUUCAUCUGUACCAUUCCAUUCUGAUAUCGUUAUGUGAAUAUUUUACUGGAAAAAUAAAAUUAAUAAUUGUUACACUUU